AAUACACUCUUCUAUUUCAGUACCCUCUCAAGUCGCUUUCUCUGUUGAGUUCACUUAGCCAUUUUUUUUUAUGUUGUGGUAUUCUCUGUAAAAGAAACCUUCUUGGAGAAGAAAUGGAGAAUAGGGUACCCUCCUCCUCCUCCUUCUUCUUCUUGUUCUCUUUCUCACUCAUGCUGCAACUUCUCUUGCACCUUUCUUCUGCCCAGAUGACAGCAGGUUUUGUAAGUUUGGACUGUGGUGGUAAAGAAAAUUUCACUGAUGAUAUUGGUAUUGAAUGGACUCCUGAUGAUAAACAUAGGUUUGGAGAAAUAAGCAAUAUAUCGGUUGCCAAUGAGACACGGAAGCAAUACACAACACUACGAUACUUUCCUGCCGAUUCCAGAAAAUACUGCUACACAAUUGAUGUUGUCAGUAGGACGAGGUACCUACUACGAGUUUCAUUCUUGUACGGGAACUUUGAUGCAAACAAUGUCUAUCCAAAAUUUGACAUUUCUGUUGGUGCUACUCAUUGGUCGUCUAUUGUUAUAUCCGAUGCUAACACUAUAGAAGCGAGAGAGCUUAUAUUUUUGGCAUCAAGUUCUACAGUUAGUUUAUGUUUAUCAAAUGCAACAACUGGGAAGCCAUUCAUAUCUACACUUGAACUCCGUCAAUUCAAUGGUUCAGUUUAUUACACAUAUGUUGAGGAGCAGGCUUACCUCAGUGUCUCUGCAAGGAUAAAUUUUGGUGCCGAAAGUGAUGCCCCAAUCAGGUAUCCUGACGACCCAUUUGAUAGAAUUUGGGAGUCAGAUUCUGUCAAGAAAGCGAAUUAUCUUGUUGAUGUUGCUGCCGGAACUAGGAAAAUUUCCACAAACCAAUCAAUUGAAGUUAAUAGUGAUGAAAUGCCACCCAUGAAAGUAAUGCAGACAGCUGUGGUGGGCACAAAUGGAUCUCUAACUUAUAGGUUGAACUUGGAUGGUUUUCCUGGUAUUGCAUGGGCAUUCACCUAUUUUGCUGAGAUUGAAGAUUUGGCUGAAAAUGAGUCCAGAAAAUUCAGGCUAGUACUUCCAGGUCAUCCAGAUAUUAGUAAGGCCGUGGUAAAUAUUGAAGAAAAUGCCCCAGGAAAAUAUCGUCUCUAUGAACCAGGAUUUACUAAUUUAUCUCUGCCCUUUGUUUUGAACUUUAAAUUUGGCAAAACAUCUGAUUCUACCAGGGGCCCUCUUAUAAAUGCCAUGGAGAUUAACAAGUAUUUGGAGAAAAAUGAUGGCUCUCCUGAUGGAGAAGUUAUAUCUAGUGUACUUUCACACUACUCCUCAGCAGAUUGGGCACAAGAAGGGGGUGACCCAUGUCUACCUGUUCCAUGGUCAUGGGUCCGUUGUAGCUCAGAUCAACAGCCAAAAAUAGUUUCAAUUUUGUUGUCAAAUAAAAACUUGACGGGUAAUAUUCCUUUGGACAUCACCAAAUUGACUGGUUUGGUUGAACUAUGGCUUAAUGGAAAUGAAUUGACUGGCCAAAUACCAGAUUUCACUGGAUGUAUGGACUUAAAGAUCAUUCAUCUCGAGAACAAUCAGUUGACAGGUGCACUCCCAACCUCUUUGGUGAACCUCCCAAAUUUGAGGGAACUGCAUGUCCAAAAUAAUAUGCUAUCUGGAACUGUACCGUCGGGUCUUCUGAGCAAAGAUUUGGUUUUGAACUACUCUGGAAACAUUAAUCUUCAUAAAGGAAGCAGCAAAAAGAAUCACUUGUAUGUGAUUAUUGGGUCAGCAGUUGGGGCUUUCGUUCUACUUUUGGCCACUAUUAUAUCUUGCUUGUUUAUGCAUAAAGGCAGCCUUGCUUCUCACCCUUCUCGAAGUAUGGAUUCUUCUAAGAACAUUGGUCCUGCAGAAGUUGCUCACUGCUUCAGCCUUUCUGAAAUCGAAAAUUCUACAAACAAUUUUCAGAAACAAAUUGGUUCUGGAGGUUUUGGAGUUGUUUACUAUGGGAAGCUGAAAGAUGGAAAUGAGAUAGCAGUUAAAGUUUUAACCAGUAAUUCCUAUCAGGGCAAACGAGAGUUCUCCAAUGAGGUGACUCUUCUCUCAAGAAUACAUCACAGAAACUUGGUAAAGCUUCUUGGGUAUUGUAGAGAAGAAGGAAAAAGCAUGCUUAUAUAUGAGUUCAUGCGUAAUGGAACUCUCAAGGAACAUCUUUAUGGCCCAUUAACACAUGGACGGAGUAUUGAUUGGAUGAAGCGUCUUGAGAUUGCAGAAGAUGCUGCAAAAGGGAUUGAAUAUCUUCACGCAGGUUGUGUUCCUGCAGUCAUCCAUCGAGACUUAAAAAGCAGCAACAUUCUUCUUGACAAAGACAUGAGAGCCAAGGUUUCAGAUUUUGGCCUCUCAAAACUUGCUGUGGAUGGUGCUUCCCAUGUUUCUAGCAUAGUUCGAGGGACAGUAGGAUAUUUGGAUCCUGAGUACUAUAUGUCCCAGCAGCUUACUGACAAGAGUGAUAUUUAUAGUUUUGGCGUAAUUCUUCUUGAACUCAUGUCUGGUCAAGAAGCAAUAUCUAAUGACAAAUUUGGUGCUAAUUGCCGAAACAUAGUCCAAUGGGCAAAAUUACACAUUGAGAAUGGAGAUAUACAAGGUAUUAUUGAUCCCGUGCUACAAAACAACUACGACCUUCAAUCAAUGUGGAAAAUAGCAGAAAAAGCAUUAAUGUGUGUUCAACCACAUGGACAUAUGCGACCACCAAUUUCAGAAGUUCUGAAGGAGAUACAAGAUGCAAUUGCAAUUGAGAGAGAGGCCAAAGGCAAUUCAGAUGAGCCAAGAGAUUCAUUUCAUUCUUCAAUCAACAUGGGUUCUAUGGAUUUGGCUGUAAAUGAUCACUACCACCUCUCAAUUGAUGAAUCCAUUGAACAGCCUACUGCACGGUAGUGCAAAUAUACAUGCACAUAUUUUUCCCAUUUUGAUUUUUUGUUAAAAUAUUGGCAAGCCCUAUGGUGUCUAAAGUUUGAUGCCCCUCCCAAUUUUCACUUGUUAUCGGAUGCUGUGAUAUAUGUAGGUUUUGCUUUGCAUAUAACUCGUAGUUGUAGGUUUCAAAUUUUGGUUUUUGCCCAGAUGAAUGUGGCAACAUUAAUAUGGCAAA